AUGCCAGGUUCAGCAGACAAGCAGAAGGAUGAAUUCGGAACUUCGUCCAUCGAACUGGGCUCCCUCAAGGCUUGGGCGUCUAUGACGCAAGGCUACAAGCUGAGCAUCUCCCGUCUCCGCGAUCAUUGUCUGCAUCCUUUCCUUUACACCUUCGGAAGCUGUCCCACCCAACUCAUUCAACUCCACUUCACUUCAAUAGAAAGUCGAAUCACAAUGCCGAAAUUCGAAUGGGACGGGGCAAUGAACCAGCGCAUCCUCAUGGCAGUCCUCGCCGCACAAACACUCGAAGUUCGAGGCAUCAGUGAGACGUGGUAUUCUUUGUAUGGAAAUGAGGACAUCUCUCAGCCAACUGUACAAGCUCUUUGCAAACAAUUGCAGAUCUUGAAGAAGUCAGCGAAGCAACGAGCUGCUGGCUUGACGCCAGUAUCCCCAGUUGUCAAGGUGGCCAAGUCGAGAGGAGGCAAGCAAGGCAAGAAUCAGGCUGGGGUUAAGAAGGCUGAGAAAACUUUCGAUGAUAACGAGUGA